AUGUAUCUUUGGCAGUUAUUGUCUGAGGCAGCCCCAGGAAGGUUAAGAAUAGUUCAUGGUGACAUUCUCACCUACAGAAUGGACAGAGGAUUCCCAGGAAAAAUCAGUAAGCGAUGGGAUGAAGAUCCUCCAAACCUCCAUAUUAUUGGAAAUCUUCCUUUUAGUGUAUCAACGCCUCUGAUUAUCAAGUGGUUGGAGCAUGUGGCCAAUAGAACUGGGCCUUUCAGCUUUGGCCGCACUCAACUCACGCUCACCUUCCAGAAAGAGGUGGCAGAGCGCCUAACAGCCAGCACAAGCAGCAGACAGAGGAGUCGUCUGUCCAUUAUGUCUCAGUAUCUCUGCACUGUGCACAGCUGCUUCACUAUCCCUGGCCGAGCCUUCGUCCCUAAACCAGAGGUGGACGUGGGAGUAGUGCACUUCACUCCUCUGGUUCAGCCUCAGAUCCAGCAGCCCUUCAAGUUGGUGGAGAAGGUCGUGCGCAACGUAUUUCAGUUUAGACGGAAGCACUUUUACAAAGGACUAGAAAAGUUGUUCCCAGAGGCGAGUCGCGUGGAGCUGACACAGGAGAUGAUCCAGAAGGCAGAUAUAGACCCCACUCUGCGCUCCACAGAACUCAAGAUCCCCCAGUUUAGAGCACUAUGUGAAGUGUACGCACAUCUCUGCUCACAGGACUCCAGCCUCAUUGACUACGAGUACAGAGAGGAGCUCAGGCAAAACCGCCAGCAGAGGAGUAAACCGGACAGGAAUAUGAAAACCAACACCGUUACAUAAAACAGAUACAUUUUAUUAUAUUAUAUUAUGGAUGAACCAUUUUGAGCUCAGUCUGAACAUGUUUUAAGUAUUAAAGUUGGGCAAUGAUUUGAGGACCUUGACAGCAUAGUCUGAGCUUGUUUCUCUACACUGGUGAGUAUCUGUUAGGGAUGAGAUAAGAUCUUUCAAGAUAAAACUGUCACAUGGGAAAUGAUCUUGUAAGAUUUAUUCUUGUGAUGUGUUUGUAUUUGGAGACAAGAGAAGGAGUACUUCAUGCUGAGGAGUUACACUUUUUGAAAAACUGUGGUUCUAAAAAGCAGUGUUACAAUGGCAGCAAAAAUUAUUAAAUAAAUAAUAAAUUUAAGAAGAAAAAGAUUCAGAUUCACAAAAACUCAUUGUCUCAUUCUCUUGUCAGUCUCUUGUCUCAUCUCGCCAUGUGGGAAAUGUGUCCUGUCCCACUUCUACUGUAUGUGUACCAUUUUGUACUCAAUGGCCAGUGAUUUGAGGACCUUGACAACGUGUUUUGAGCUUGUUCCUCUAAAUUGGUCAGUCUCAAAUUAAAAAACAGUGGUGGUCUUGCAGCUUGUGAUCCCUGUGCUGGUCCCUGGUCCAAAGAAUCUGCACCAGCAAAUGGACAAAAAAAGGUCAUAAAAAGUCGCGCACUAAGAGCCUUUGUUUGUGCCGAAAGACACUGAACUGCUCUUAAGCCUUGACAUUUUCCACCUGGCAUAAGCAUGCAUUUUUAAAAAGUUCUCCCUGCACCCUAGGAGAAAAAGGGAAAAAGGUAUACGCUAAAAUCCAGCAGCUAAAUAAAGCAAAACCUGGCUUCAGUCUGCUCUUGGGCUCUUCUCAUGACUUCUAAAAGCAGAUAUGCACGAGGAAAGCAGGUUAGCCACCCACUGAAUGUGUUAAAGUGAAUAUUAGUGUGCAGUAACUCAGCCUCCUCCUACUUCUCUCUUCGGUCCCAUUUCUUACAUCCACUCCAGCUCACUUAACACCUUUUGGGAGCUAAGAGAAAUGUCUGUGAGCAUCAGGGGUAAUUUAGAAAUGGGAACAAGGUGGCACAAAUUAUUAGGUAUACAGUACCUGAAUAUCAUGCUUGAUAAGAGAAACUAAUCACAUGGCAACAAAGCGUCAAAACCUAGUUACUCGUAUUUUCUUGUUCUUGAAUAUCUUCUGAUUACUGGUGCAUUUUUAGGUUUAUAUCAGCAAAUACCAUUUUUCACUCUCUAUUAUGCUA